GCCACCAAGCAAUGCACACCCGAUUCUGGAUCCCAUAGAAGAAAAGGAUUUCAUGUCCUUUUGUGUCGGUUUCUUCAUUCACCCAUCUUUCCAACCAUGAACAAGAAACCCUCAAGAAACAUCCUCAUUCCAAAACCAAACCCUUUUAAUUAACGUUAGCCACAACAAAACACCACCUUAACCGCAACAAACACAAUCCAAAACCCCUUGUUCUUCCUUCUUUUUCUCUAUAUCCGAUCCAACUGGACCCGUGUUAUGGGAAACUGCGUGUUCAAAGGCUUUCACCAUAACAUGUCCGAAGACAUGAUGGUGAAGGUGGUAACCUCAAACGGAGGCAUCAUGGAACUCUUCUCUCCCAUUACUGUGGAGUGCAUAACCAACGAGUUUCCCGGCCACGGCAUCUUCCGGAGCCGCCGCGACAUCUUCUCCGAACCGCUACCGAAAUCGGAAGAGCUCCACGGCGGCCAAGUCUACUACCUCCUCCCUCUCAACCCUUCUUCUUCCCGAAAGAGCAUGACACGACAAUUAUCCGAUGUGGCUUUAACUCCUUACCGAAUGUCCACGUGUGACAAAAGCAACAAUAACAACAACAAUGUCUACACGGAACCAGAAGUGGUCCCCAGAUACAAUAGUAGUGGGGUGUGGAAGGUGAAGUUGGUGAUCAGCCCUGAGAAGCUGUCAGAGAUCCUGUCGCAAGAGUCGCGGACCGAGGCGUUGAUAGAGAGCGUGAGGACGGUGGCGAAGUGCGGCAACGGUGUUCCGUCGUCGGUGGCGAACUCCGAUCAGUGGAGUUUGGCUAGCAGUUGGAAAGGCUCUAUGUCGGAGAAGAUGGGUGUAGAACAAUAACAAGCUAAGGUUAAUUAUUUGAUUAUUUUUCCUUUUUGACUUUUUUGGUUAGCGUUUAACAAGUAUGAUUAUUAUCUUUUUGUUUGUUUGUUGGUGGACGUGUUAAAUAUUUCAUUUCAGGUGUUGUACGUGUGUGUAUAUAUAUGCAUGUGAACUGAGAUUUGUUUA